UAAAUGGUACAUUUUAUCAUUCGUAAGUUAAAAGCUAAGUUGGACAUUUGUACAAACAUUAGUCUUGUUUCAUAGAAAAGUAUGAAUAUAUUACGUUUCUAAAUAUACAUGUACAGUUAGCUAGUUAAAUUAAAAUGGUUAAUAAAAACUUAGUGAGAAUACGCAAGAGGGAUACAAUUAUGUGUGUUAAAUUUAAUUUAAUUUAGUUGCGGUACAUCUGUGAACAGAGGUUGAACUGGUUGAAGUACUUGGUUAUUGUGAUUACUUGAACGGUGAAGUGCUUGAACUUUGAAGUGGAGGUAGCGUAUGAUGUGAUGAUGCGACGAGGGAAAGCGUUGCUGGAGGGCAGCAGGCAGGGCUCUGUGGAUGGAAGUAGCAACCUUGCUAAUGACAAGGAGCUGGUGCACAAAUGUCAUAGUGACCCAGGCGGGGGUAGGGCUCUGGGUGCAGCACCAAGGACACACAGACAUCGAUCCGUGUCCGGUGCGUUGAGGAAAUGCGUUCUCACUUUGGACGGCUAUUCCUACGUUAUAGUGGCAAGUCCGCCGGGCGGCGUGGGCGCAGCGCGAGAGGAGCCGCGCCCGCCGCCGCCCCCGGUUCCCCGGAACUCAUCACCCAAACAAGGCGCGCUGACGAUAGUUCGCCGCUCUUCAAGCCGUGGGAAGACGGAGAGCUCUCCGCCCACAGACGAACAACUAGAUCAGUUGGAUCUCGACACAGAGCACCUGCCCGCAGUAGACACGCCCGACGCCUGCGAUAAAGCCGCGCUUAGAUUACGCUACCUCCUUAGACAAUUGAAUAAAGGCGAAAUACCAGCGGAGACUCUACAAAAAAACCUUCAGUACGCAGCCAAAGUAUUAGAAGCUGUCUACAUAGAUGAGACCAAACCGGCCGUGGCGCGGCAGCAAUCGGCGCCGACUCUGGUGUUUAGGAGGUUAGCUGAUGAAGAUGACGAGCUGUCGGAAGUGCAACCAGACGCAGUCCCACCAGAAGUACGGGAAUGGUUGGCGUCGACUUUCACAAGACAGCUGGCGACCGCUAAACGAAAGUCAGAUGAAAAACCUAAGUUCAGAUCCGUGGCUCAUGCAAUCCGAGCUGGGAUAUUUGUCGACAGGAUUUAUAGACGAGUCACCAGUACAGCACUUAUGCAAUUCCCCCAAGAUGUUGUUAGAGUACUUAAAACGUUAGAUGAGUGGUCUUUCGAUGUGUUUGCAUUGCACGAGGCUGCAGCCGGUAUGCCUGUCAAGUACUUGGGCUACGAGCUACUCAACAGAUAUGGAAUGAUUCACAAGUUUAAGGUGCCGCCCACUAUACUCGAAAACUUCCUCAGUCGGAUAGAGGAGGGGUACUGCAGGUUUCACAACCCAUACCACAAUAACUUGCACGCUGCUGAUGUGGCCCAAACGGUUCAUUACAUGCUCUGCCAGACAGGACUCAUGAACUGGUUGUCAGAUCUGGAGAUAUUCGCGACUCUGGUAGCAGCAAUAGUCCACGAUUAUGAGCACACAGGCACGACAAACAAUUUCCACGUCAUGUCGGGCUCUGACACUGCUCUGCUCUAUAACGAUAGGGCUGUGCUCGAGAACCAUCAUAUAAGCGCUGCUUUCAGACUACUACGUGAUGAAGAAUGCAACAUCCUGCAGAACCUCUCCCGUGAUGAGUUUCGGGAGUUUCGCACCCUCGUCAUAGACAUGGUGCUAGCUACAGACAUGUCUUUCCACUUUCAACAGUUAAAGAAUAUGAGGUCACUGCUUUCACUUGCAGAGCCUACUGUUGAUAAAUCGAAAGCUGCGUCCCUUGUACUACACUGCUGUGAUAUUUCGCAUCCAGCUAAGAGAUGGGAUCUGCAUCACAGAUGGACAAUGAGCCUUUUAGACGAGUUCUUCCUUCAAGGCGACAAAGAAAGGGAACUGGGUCUCCCCUUUAGUCCCCUCUGCGAUAGAAACAACACUCUCGUUGCAGAAUCUCAGAUAGGUUUCAUUGACUUUAUAGUGGAGCCCAGCAUGGGAGUUUGUGCAGACAUGCUAGAAUGUAUUCUGGGACCUUUGCACUCUAGUACAAAGAAUUCUACCAGCACAGCUGGACCGGAAUCUAUUAGCGAGGAAAGUUCAGGCACUGAACCUAGCACGAAAUUCAAAAUCAAAAAACCAUGGGUCGCCUGUCUCACAGACAACAAGAAAAUUUGGAAAGAACAAGCUGCAAAAGACGCAGAAGCACGUGCAAAGUUGGAAGAAGAAACGAAUGGCACUUCACCGCCUGCGGAUGAAUAAUAUUUAGCCUCCCUUGUAAAUAGCGUCAAAACUAGCUGCUACAACAUGUUCCAAUCGUUGUUGAAUAAGAAUUGAGCUAAAAGGCGCACAUAGCUGCUUUAUUCCGGUUCAAGAGCAGAAAUAAAUUCGUUUAUGUAGUCUUAGCUUGAUUCGUUAUUAAAAAAAAAAAUGAUUUUGAUAUUCUAAGUAGAUAUAAUAUAGAUUUAAGUAACUGAAUGUGCGCCUAGUCUCAUUGUUGCCAUGUUCGCUUAUUAGUAGAAUAAAAUUACUUAUUGUUGUGUUGUCGCACAAAGUCAUUACACUGUUUUAACUGUUUCUUCUUUCGACGUGACCAUCUCUUCAAUCAAAAAUAAAUGAAAUUAAUGACGGGUUUACAUGAAAUAUCUUUUCCACUUAGUAAAUUAGAAAGAAGAAAUAGUUUAGACUUAAAAAAGUCACAAUUUAUGCAACUUAUAUAAAUUGUUUAUGGAAGACAUCGUAGUGAGUAUUUGAAAGACGUUUCCGUAGACCGGUUCGUCAGUAGUGUAAAUAUUAAUGAAUGAGUAUGUUUAUUAAAUAAAUUAUUAUCAUUUCAUAUUAUUUCAUCGAGCUGGUCUCAAUUUAAGAUUUCGUUAGCUAAUACUUAUAAUAUAUGUUAUAUUCUUUCUUCUUAAAGAAGUUUUGUAUAUACUUAUAAUUACUAUUGUUGAAAAUAUCCUGUAAAAGAAUUAGAUUUUUUAAGGAAAUCACAAAAGUAAUUAUUGUUUCACAUUAAUUGAAUGUUGUAGUUAUAUGUAUAUGUAAGCUUCUAAAUUUCAAAAUUUUGACAGAUUAUCUUACUUAUUAGGAAUAUGUCUUAGACGAAUUUUUAUUUUUAUUUUUAUACAUACGACCUAAAAUACAACACUUUCAAUGAAUACAUUUAAAUAACAAUUAAUUAUUUUCAUUAUUUGCGAGAAGUUUUAUAAAAAAAUAAUGCUCCGUAGUUUUGAUAUGAGUUUAUAGUACGUAAUAAAAUAAACUGGCAGAAUCAAAAAGGCCAGACACUUUAAAUUGUUAUAAUUUAUUAUUCAAGAAUUAAUUUCUUUAAUAUAUAUAAAUGUCACACUCUCAAAAUAAGCUUGUGUACAAUGCUGUCAAAAUAUUAAGAGGGCUUAGUUUUAAGACGAUAUAUUAAAAAAACUGCUGGUAAAGGAGCAAAAAAAUUUAUCAUAGACAACUUUGUAUCUUUUUAAAAACAAUUAUUUAUAAUCUACUUACCUACUCAAAUGUAUAUUUAAUUAUAUUAUGUAGUAUAACUUUAGUCUUAACCCAUAUAAAAUACGCUUAUUAAUUUUAAUACUUCCGAUGUAAUUGGAGUCCUGAUAUUCCCUGACCAAGUGUAAUUAUUGUGACAUCAUUUUGUAUAAUAUAUAAACUCAUCUCAUAGAUAUAGUUAGAGAAUUAUAUUAUCUAUAACUCUAAAUAAAUUAUGAUAUACAUUGCUUUUUCUAGCCAAUUAGUAUAUGUAUAGCUAUAUAAUAUAAUUAAUAACUCCAACAGUCGCGCUAUAUUAGAAAAGUUUUGCGUACCUUUAACGACUUUUAGACUGAAAAGCAAAAAUGUAUAUCAGUCUGGUUUAGAAAACAUGUAUUUUGGAGGACCCUAGUAACCGUCCUUUUGUAUGUAUCAACAUCAUAUUCGUCCUUGAAAUUAAAACCAAAAUGUAAAAUAAAAAUCGAUUUUUAUAGUCAUGAUACCAGAGUAUAUAAAGAAUUCUGAAAAAAUCAAUAAACGAUAUGUAAGUGCAUAAUUAAACUUUUCGAAUAUUUCUUAAUAAUUUUACAUAUUAACAAAGAUCUUUCGUUAUUUUUUUAUUCUGUCUCAGCAAUCUAUGAUUUAUUGAUAUGACUUCUAAACAAUGGCAACCAACUAACGAAAAGGAAUAAAAAAUAUUACCUAUAUUUUCAGGAAUUUAUACGAAACAUCACUUUUAAUCUUUUAAGCAAAAACGUGCUUUCGAAUUAGGCAUUAAUAGAGCUGUAAUCAUUGACAAGUUGAGCAGAAUAUGGGCUUUCUCAAAACAGACACGUGGGACCAUUCUCUAUGAAUAUCAUGACAAAACCAUAAUCAUUCUUUUAAGGUCAAAAUGUAUGAAAUUAUGAAUUCAGGGAUGGUAAGGCUAGGUUUAAACCAACUGGUUACGCUUAUCAUAGUAUAUACAAUAGAUCUUUUUAUAUAUUUAUCAUCUAUAAAUAUAUAGAUUUCUAUAUUAUACUAUGCGAAUAUGUACUUUAAUGUAAUAAUUAUAGAAUUUAAUAUUAGUAUGUAGUUGUCGAUGCCAUCUAAUUGGUUAUAGCUUUAUAACGAGUAGUUUUAGAAAAUAACUAGUUACAUUUAGGUACCUAGCUCUCAACAUGAGGUCUAGCUACUACUGAUAUGUUAAAGUCUUGUUUAAAUGUGUAAAAUAUACGUAUUAAUCUCUUCUUUCCCUUCUUGUCACAUGUCCUCACUUUUCUAAAACCAAGUGAUACAAAAAUAAAACAAAAAAAAACAGAAUAUUUGUAAUAUAUUCCUAUAUAUUAAAUAAUUGUAAGGUCAUUUUCUACCACAAUUACUAUAUGGAAGUAUCACUUAACUUUCGUACCACCUAGCGCUUCUCUAACUGUAGUUACAUUAUCUAAUCAUGUAAGAAUUUCAUGUACAAAUUAAAGCUAUUAGUUUGUAAUCUAUUAUCUGUCUUCUCUGUCAGCUGUCUCUUACUCGGGGAAACUUAUACACUCCUUGUGUUGAAUUAGCCUUUCUGAUUAAUUUUUUUUUUUUUUAUAAGGUACGACUAAAACUUUAUACUAAUUCAUAUUUUUACUGAAGUUUUGGAAAAAUUGAAAUUAAUUAGAAGGUUAUUGAUUUGUUUUUCUGGUAUAAGCAACUUAUCUUAUAGCAUGUGAGGAAAAUAAUUGAUCCUUUUAUAUUCUAAAUCAUUUUUAAAGGUAGACUAUAUAUAUAUAUAUACUACUCAUAUUAAGUGUAUUAAGAUCACACCAUACACAUCUAUAUUUAAUUCCUAAACAUAUAUGUGUAUUUGGAAACUAUAAUAGGCAACUACAUCAGUACUAUGUAGUUCAAAAUACUAAUAGCGAAUCUAUAAUUUAAGAAAAGAAGUAAUAUUUUAAUUCGGUCCAUGAUCAUACAUAUUUUAUCUAUAACUUCAUAUCCUCCACAUAUAAACCUCCUUCCUUCCUGUAAAUUACAAAACCACUUCUGUAUAAUGUACUUGGAAAUAAAAUAAUUUUUCUUAG